GUCGCCGCCGCACCUGAACCUUGCUGUUGUGGGAUGUGCAUGUAAUAGUUCGUAGUAAGCAACAUGCUUUUUGAUACCACUCGUUGAACGACGCCGCGAAGAGGGCGAACUUCACUUGCACUGCGCGAGCACGAUCAAACCCGAAUCUCGACACAGAGGCAUGCAGGACGGCUCCGAGCUGGCGAUGGCGCGAGUCUACACAGACGUGAAUGCCCACCUUGGUCCCGGCUGGUAUGACUAUGAAAGUACGACCAUAGAGUGGAAUGUCCCCGAUCGCUACGAGAUAGUGCGACGCAUUGGCGGUGGCAAAUACUCGGAGGUGUUCGAGGGCAUUGACACAUCCAAUGAAGAGGCGUGCGUCAUCAAAGUGCUCAAGCCUGUUGCAAAGCACAAGAUUAAACGCGAAAUCAAAAUACUUCGAAACUUGUCAGGCGGACCGAACAUCAUAAGCUUGCUGGACGUUGUUCAUGAUCCGCCUUCCCGCUCCAAUAGUCUGAUCACGGAGUACGUGGAGAACACGGACUGGAAGGAAUUAUAUCGAUCGCUUUCAGAGGUGGAAAUUAAGCACUACCUGUUCCAGCUGCUCAAGGCCUUAGACUUUGUCCACGCGCGAGGAAUAAUGCACAGAGAUGUCAAACCGGGCAAUAUCAUGUACAAUUGUCAAUCUGCCAAGCUUCGACUUAUCGACUGGGGUUUGGCCGACUUCUAUCAUCCGGGGACAGACUACCAACCGAGAGUCGGUUCUCGAUAUUACAAAGGGCCAGAGUUGCUAGUAGGCUAUCGACUCUACGAUUACAGUCUGGACAUGUGGUGUGUUGGUUGCAUACUCGCGGCGAUGAUCUACCGGAGAGAACACUUCUUCCGAGGGAAGAAUAACGAGGAUCAGUUGUUGAAAAUCAUGAGAGUGCUGGGAACAGAGGACUUUGACCGUUACGCCACUACGUACGGCAUUCAAGUGAGGACAGACAAUGCAGACCUCCUACAGAACUACCCUAAACUGUCAUGGACACGGUUCGUAGCUGGGGAAAAUCGCUCCACCGCAACGUCAGAGGCGUUGGACCUAUUAGACAAGUUGCUCCGAUAUGACCAUCGAGAACGUCUCUCUGCGGCGGAGGCUCAGGCGCACGCUUACUUUAAUUCGGUCCGACUCUUGACACCGUCAAACCCUGCCGAGUGCUUCAGUGACUCAGGCUUUUAUUCUACCUGAUCUUUGAAUGCUUCAUUUUUGUGCUUCUAUCUCUGUGGACAUUGUAAAGAGUACGUACGCAUCGAUAUGAAUAUCAUCCCAUGGCUCGC